GCGGGCGCGUGCGCAGUGGUGGGCCAGGCGCGUGCGCAGCGCCGGCUUCUUCCCAGCGCGAGCUGCUGCUCACGCUCCUCCUCCAGCUUCCCACCCCCGCCUGCCAGCCGCGGCCCGGUACCAACGGGUGGUCUCGCCGAGGGAGCUGUCGUUCCUCGUGGUCCCGGGACUGCAGUGGUGUGCGCUGUCGGCGCGUGGCGCUAGGCAUGGCGAUGGAUCAAGUAAACGCGCUGUGCGAGCAGCUGGUGAAAGCGGUGACGGUCAUGAUGGACCCCAACUCCACCCAGCGCUACCGGCUGGAAGCCCUCAAGUUUUGUGAAGAAUUUAAAGAAAAGUGUCCUAUCUGUGUCCCCUGUGGCUUGAGGUUGGCUGAGAAAACACAAAUUGCCAUCGUCAGACAUUUUGGCCUUCAGAUCCUGGAACACGUUGUCAAGUUUCGGUGGAACGGCAUGUCUCGAUUGGAGAAGGUCUAUCUGAAGAACAGUGUCAUGGAGCUGAUUGCAAAUGGAACAUUGAACAUUUUGGAAGAAGAGAACCAUAUUAAAGAUGCUCUGUCUCGAAUUGUAGUAGAAAUGAUCAAGCGAGAGUGGCCACAGCAUUGGCCUGACAUGCUAAUAGAAUUGGACAUUCUUUCCAAACAAGGGGAGACACAGACAGAAUUGGUGAUGUUUAUCCUUUUGCGACUCGCAGAAGAUGUAGUGACUUUUCAGACACUUCCCCCUCAAAGAAGAAGGGACAUCCAGCAAACAUUAACCCAGAACAUGGAAAGGAUCUUCAGUUUUCUGCUUAACACACUUCAAGAAAAUGUAAACAAGUACCAGCAAGUGAAGACAGAUACUUCUCAGGAGUCAAAGGCGCAAGCAAACUGUCGAGUAGGAGUUGCAGCACUGAAUACUCUAGCAGGCUAUAUUGACUGGGUGUCUAUGAGUCACAUCACUGCUGAAAACUGUAAACUCCUGGAGAUACUGUGUUUGCUGUUGAAUGAACAGGAACUUCAGUUGGGAGCCGCUGAGUGUCUUCUCAUUGCAGUCAGCAGAAAAGGCAAGUUGGAAGACCGGAAGCCCUUGAUGGUCUUAUUUGGAGAUGUUGCCAUGCAUUAUAUACUCUCCGCUGCACAGACUGCUGAUGGAGGAGGUUUGGUAGAAAAACACUAUGUCUUUCUGAAGAGGCUCUGUCAGGUGUUGUGUGCGCUGGGCAAUCAGCUGUGUGCAUUGCUGGGUGUAGAUUCUGAUGUAGAAACACCAGCAAACUUUGGAAAAUACCUGGAAUCUUUUCUUGCUUUCACAACCCAUCCAAGUCAGUUUCUACGUUCUUCAACUCAGAUGACUUGGGGAGCCCUCUUCAGGCAUGAAAUCCUGUCCCGUGAUCCUUUGCUAUUAGCAAUAAUACCAAAAUAUCUCCGUGCUUCCAUGACUAACUUGGUCAAGAUGGGCUUUCCUUCUAAAACAGACAGCCCUAGCUGUGAAUAUUCUCGAUUUGAUUUUGAUAGCGAUGAGGACUUCAAUGCUUUCUUCAACUCCUCCCGAGCCCAACAAGGAGAGGUGAUGAGGUUGGCAUGUCGUUUGGAUCCCAAAACUAGCUUCCAGAUGGCUGGGGAGUGGCUAAAGUACCAACUAUCAACUUUUCUUGAUGCUGGUUCUGUGAAUUCUUGUUCUGCAGCCGGAACUGGAGAAGGAAGCCUCUGUUCUGUCUUCUCACCUUCAUUCGUGCAGUGGGAAGCCAUGACUCUUUUUUUGGAAAGUGUUAUCACCCAGAUGUUUCGAACGCUAGAUAGAGAAGAAAUUCCUGUUAAUGAUGGAAUAGAGCUAUUGCAGAUGGUUCUGAACUUUGAUACCAAGGAUCCCCUCAUCCUGUCCUGCGUCCUUACCAAUGUCUCUGCACUCUUUCCAUUUGUCACCUAUAGACCAGAGUUCCUGCCCCAGGUCUUCUCUAAGCUAUUUUCAUCUGUCACUUUUGAAACUGUUGAAGAAAGUAAGGCCCCCAGAACCCGGGCAGUGAGGAAUGUGAGGAGGCAUGCUUGUUCCUCCAUCAUCAAGAUGUGUCGUGACUACCCCCAGCUUGUGUUGCCCAAUUUUGACAUGCUUUAUAACCAUGUGAAGCAACUCCUCUCCAAUGAGCUACUGCUGACACAAAUGGAGAAGUGUGCCCUCAUGGAAGCCCUGGUUCUCAUUAGCAACCAAUUCAAGAACUACGAGCGUCAGAAGGUGUUCCUAGAGGAGCUGAUGGCACCAGUAGCCAGCAUCUGGCUUUCUCAAGACAUGCACAGAGUGCUGUCAGAUGUUGAUGCUUUCAUUGCGUAUGUGGGUACAGAUCAGAAGAGCUGUGACCCAGGCCUGGAGGAUCCCUGUGGCUUAAACCGUGCACGAAUGAGCUUUUGUGUAUACAGCAUUCUGGGUGUUGUGAAACGAACUUGCUGGCCCACUGACUUAGAAGAGGCCAAAGCUGGGGGAUUUGUGGUGGGUUAUACAUCCGGUGGAAAUCCAAUCUUCCGUAACCCCUGCACAGAGCAGAUUCUGAAACUUCUUGACAAUUUGCUUGCGCUCAUAAGAACCCACAAUACAUUAUAUGCACCAGAAAUGCUAGCCAAAAUGGCAGAGCCUUUCACCAAGGCUCUGGAUAUGCUUGACGCGGAAAAAUCUGCUAUAUUAGGAUUACCUCAACCUCUCUUGGAACUCAAUGACUCUCCUGUCUUCAAAACCGUCUUGGAAAGAAUGCAGCGUUUCUUCUCCACCCUCUAUGAAAACUGUUUUCAUAUCCUAGGGAAGGCAGGCCCUUCCAUGCAGCAAGACUUCUAUACUGUGGAGGACCUUGCUACCCAGCUUCUCAGCUCAGCCUUUGUCAACUUGAACAAUAUUCCUGACUACCGACUCAGACCCAUGCUUCGGGUCUUUGUAAAGCCUCUGGUGCUCUUCUGUCCCCCAGAGCACUAUGAAGCCCUGGUAUCCCCCAUCCUCGGACCUCUUUUCACCUACCUCCAUAUGAGGCUUUCCCAGAAAUGGCAAGUUAUCAACCAAAGGACCCUGCUCUGUGGAGAAGAUGAGGCUGCAGAUGAAAACCCAGAGUCUCAAGAGAUGCUGGAGGAGCAGCUGGUGAGGAUGUUAACCCGAGAAGUCAUGGACCUAAUCACGGUUUGCUGUGUUUCAAAGAAGGGUGCUGACCACAGUAGUGCUCCCCCAGCAGAUGGAGACGAUGAAGAAAUGAUGGCCACAGAGGUCACCCCCUCAGCUAUGGCAGAGCUUACAGACCUGGGCAAAUGUCUGAUGAAGCAUGAGGAUGUUUGUACAGCGCUAUUAAUUACAGCCUUCAAUUCCCUGGCCUGGAAGGAUACUCUGUCCUGCCAGAGGACGACCUCACAGCUCUGCUGGCCUCUCCUCAAACAAGUGCUGUCAGGGACACUGCUCGCAGAUGCAGUUACGUGGCUUUUCACCAGUGUGCUGAAAGGCUUACAGAUGCACGGGCAGCACGACGGGUGCAUGGCUUCCCUGGUCCAUCUGGCCUUCCAGAUAUACGAGGCGUUGCGCCCCAGGUACCUGGAGAUAAGAGCUGUAAUGGAGCAAAUCCCUGAAAUACAGAAGGACUCACUGGACCAGUUUGACUGCAAGCUUUUAAACCCCUCCCUGCAGAAAGUGGCUGACAAGCGCCGAAAGGACCAAUUCAAACGCCUCAUUGCUGGUUGCAUUGGGAAACCCUUGGGAGAGCAGUUUCGAAAAGAAGUUCACAUUAAGAAUCUUCCCUCACUUUUCAAAAAAACAAAGCCAAUGCUGGAGACAGAGGUGCUGGACAAUGAUGGGGGUGGCCUGGCCACCAUCUUUGAACCCUGAAUCAAUUUUUUGGGCAUCCUUCCUCGGCCUUUCUUGUCAUCUCUUCUUUCCCUUUGUAGCUAAUCUCUAGGCCCUUCUUGCACUGCCACCUCACUUUCCACUAUUGUCAGCCUGGAGAGAGAUCCAGGUCUGGAGCUGGAGAGAACAGGCCCUGUGCAGGACCAGAAGUAAUUAUACUAAAGUAUCAAGAAAGGGAGUUAGGGCUUAAACCAUUCUGUCUAGAUGAACCAGAUAGUUCCCAUUCUACUUGGAGAUUUGGCUUUUCCAAGAAAAGCUAGAGCAGUGCAGCCCUUCUCCCACAAGCCCUCCCACCCCUGUGCAGCCACAUACCUGUACAGAAUGGUAACUAGGGAUGCUGUGCCCAACACUGCGACUAGCAAGGCUCGCAGCAAGAGCACAGCCCUCAACUACUUGUGCCAGAGUUUCUCUUGGACCACUCCAACUCCCACUGAGCCCUUUUGCUGCUGGGCUGGCAGGAAACUUGCCCCACUCCCUAAGGGGCACGUCUGGGUUAGGUGCUAAGUGCUGAAAAGAACUUGGCCAGUUCUCUCAACUUUGCUUUGGGCAAGAAUCUGGUCACCUGAUGGGACACAUGGUAUAGACUACUGCUAAACUUGGCACAGUAUCAAGUAUAGUACCUCCAAGGACCAGGGCUGGGCAGUCUUUAGUGCUAACAUCCCCUUUAGAGCUCACACAUCUUGCCCUUCCAUGAAUGACCCCUCAGUCUGGCUUCCCCAGCCUCAAGGUCCACUCAGGCACAAGAGCCACAGUACCCUAGAUAGUGUCACAUGACACCAUUGUCAUCCAAGGAUAAAACAGACCAACUAGGCUACAUCUGUGAUAAGCAGCUAGCAAAGCCACUGGUCUUCUAGGACUAAGUUCAGGUGCCUUCCACAAUCUCAUGGUCUUUCAGGUCCCUGGUUACUUUUUCUCAAAGGCCAUCUCCAAAAGAAAAGAAUACAUGCCUUCGCAUCACAACCUGUACUGUGAGUCCAUUCUAGAGGUCACUGAAAGGCCCUGUAAACAGAGAGGACUCGGAUAUGGGACCUGGCCCUGACGUUAUUACUGGCCAUAAGGCAGACUUAAUCCAUACAGAAACCAGUGUGUCCAUGUGCUCUGCACAAAAACAGACCUGUUGUCCACCAAUCCACUGACAAGAGGGUUUCCAUGAGAGCCGAAGUGGACUGAAGCUCCAGUUUUUAGCUGGUGCGGGCCACAGGCAGGGUCAGAUUGGGAAGAGGCAAACUUGGGGAAGCAGAAGUUGGAGUCUCAUGUUGCUCCCUCUUCCUGUGUGGUGCUCUGGGUUCCUGUGGAUUGUGAAGGCGAUCUCAAGAAUGUUUCCCUCCAAACCUGAUAGCUGCCUAUUCCUGUCUGGUUGGGGCUGUGGAGGGUGUAGUUGUAUUUAUUGUGUUGUAAUAUUUUUAACAUCCUGUGACUUCAUGCUAGAAGUUUUCUAUUGUUUAUAGAAACUUUUUGUAGAAACAUUAACUCUAAAGCACAUCUGCAUGUCAGUAAAAAUCUCAGUUUCAUACAGAAA